AUGUACCCAAGAAAUCGCCUCCUCGGGGUAGACUCCGAGACUGAAGGGGCCAGCACCAGUGUUGCUGAGGCGACCGGAGGCCUGGCUGCUGCAACGACGACUGGCACUCGAGGCGAGGAACUAGUGGCCGGAAGUGAUGAGGUCUUUGAUGAUCUGAAGGCGACAUCGCCCACUGGUCAACUCUCGAGGUCGACUGCAAUCAACAAUGUCUCUUCCACGGUUGGACCUGGGAUUGAGCCCAGCAGAGAGACCAGUGCGAACACAAGCACAACGCCGCGGAUUAUUGAACUGGAUACCGAAGUGAGUUGGAUACUUCAUUUCUUCUGUUUACAAAAAAUAGCCUUUAAUACUAAUACACAAUAA